CCGCCUUGUGGCUUUCCCGGCACUGGGAAGAAAACCUGGAAUCGACGUUUUUGACUCCUUCGGGCUAAUCCUAGGAUGGGGAGAAAGAGGUGAACGUGGAAGGCUGUUUCUUCUCCCCCACGACAUACUUUUUUUUUUUCCUGGAUCACAUAACCUUCACAGCCUUAGACAUUCUGGAGAAGGCAGUCCCUAACGCCGACUUUCAGUCCUCCUAAAUGACUUCCAAGCAAAUCCUUCCUUAACCCUGACAAGAGCCCUUAGGUAGGGGCUAAGGGCGAUUGAUGCAAUGCUUCGUACUUCAAAGCGUUCUCUUACGCAACUUAGCUGAUUGCUGUUUGGGCCGCUCAUUUCAAAGUCAAUACAGAGAAGGAAGAUAAAUCUAUUAUGGCUAUUCCCAUAGCAGUUAUUGAUUGUGACCUCUUGCUAUAUGGACGUGGACAUAGGACACUGGAUCGCUUCAAGCUGGAGGAUGUUACUGAUGAAUAUCUUGUAUCUAUGUAUGGAUUUCCACGUCAGUUCAUUUAUCAUUUGGUGGAUCUUCUAGGUGCCAAUCUUUCUCGUCCUACUCAACGAUCCAGGGCUAUCAGCCCAGAGACACAGAUUCUCGCUGCAUUAGGUUUUUAUACUUCUGGCUCAUUUCAGACACGCAUGGGAGAUGCUAUUGGCAUUAGCCAAGCAUCUAUGAGUCGCUGUGUUGCCAAUGUUACUGAUGCCUUGGUGGAAAGAGCCUCUCAGUUUAUUCAUUUCCCAGAGGAUGAAGUGUCAAUACAACAUAUGAAAGAUGACUUUUAUGAGCUGGCAGGUAUGCCAGGUGUACUAGGAUUGGUGGAUUGCAAUCAUGUAGCAAUAAAGGCACCCAAUGCUGAGGAUUUAUCGUAUGUGAAUCGAAAGGGCCUUCAUUCUUUAAACUGCCUGAUGGUGUGUAAUGCCAGGGGAAAGCUGCUAAGUGCGGAAACACAUUGGCCAGGAAGUCUGCAGGACUGCACUGUGCUUCAGCAGUCAGCUCUAAGAAACCAAUUUGAAGCUGGUAUGCAGAAAGAUGGCUGGCUACUUGGUGAUAGUUCUUUCUUUCUUCAUACCUGGCUAAUGACUCCUCUGCAUAUUCCUGAAACACCUGCAGAAUACAGAUAUAAUAUGGCACAUUCAGCAACUCAUAAUAUUAUUGAACGAACAUUCAGAACACUCCAGGCUCGGUUCCGUUGUUUGGAUGGAUCAAAAGGAACAUUACAGUAUUCUCCAGAAAAAGCAGGUAACAUCAUCCUCGCUUGCUGCGUCCUUCAUAAUAUCUCUCUGGAGCAUGGGAUGGAUAUAUGGUCUUCCUCAUAUUUGGAACAAGUGGAACACCCAGAGGAAGAAUUUGAGCACAUGGAAUCUCUUGACUCUGAAGCUGACAGAGUUCGCCAGGAAUUAUUGCUUACACAUUUUAGCUAACCAAAUUUGAGAAUAUCAAGUUGGUUUUAAGAAAAAAGAUAGAAGGAAACAUAGUUUGAGUUUUUUAUAGAAUUUGUCAACAGGACUAUAUUAUUUAUCAGUACUUCGCAAAAAUAACAUAUUGAAUGUGUGCAUCUCUAAGUAUUUUAAUUUUAUUGCACAUGUUGUAUCUAUGAAAUACAUGGCUGUCUUCAAUGUCCAUCUUUAUUUUUAAAAAAACAAUGAAAAUAUAUAGUAACAUGCAAUCUAAUAGGUUUAUUUUUCUGAUAAAAUCCUUUAUUUUGAAGUUUUGCAAAAUGUGAAAUUUUGUUUUCUUUGAAAUUAAACUAAAAACAAUUUUAGUUAUCAACUGUAUUUGUGUAAAAUAACAUUUGUGUUGAAAUAUGGUAGAGUUCUCAAAAGAUGUGUCGCUUCAAGAUUCAUAUUCUCUUACACUAGCAUCUUGGAAUCACCCUCAAGAGUGUAGGUCACAAGGAUUAUAUCAAGAAAUAUUUCAUAACUUGCUUCUCCCACCAUGUGACACCUGUGAGCAAAUCUGAAUACACCUUAAACUACUUUGAUAAUUGCCAAAAAUCUUUGUGAACAAAAAAGGCAAAUUUAGAUCUAAUCAGCAUCAAAAGAAAUAUAAUUUUUGAAGCACGUAGAGAAAUCUCACUUUAUUUUGCAUUGGCCAGAUCUCAUCUUGACUACUAUGUCCAGUUCUGGCAGUGCAUUUUAAGAAAAAACUUGAGAAAUUGAAAAGGUUCAGAGAAGCACAGCAAGAAUGAUCAGAUGACUAGAAAUUAAAUCCAUUUUUUUGAAUUUAAAUGCAAUUUUAAGAGUGGGAAAUGUUACCCAAGACAUGAUUCAACCCUUAGACCUGGGGUGUCAAACUUGCAGCGUCAUGUUGUCAUCACGUGAUGUAUUGUGACUCUCCCUUUGCUAAAACGGAGAUGGGCAUGACCAGCGCAUGAUGCAUCUGGCCUGUGGGCCGCAAGUUUGACCUUCCUGCCUUAGUCAUCUGUCACAGGUGCUUUAAUUUAGAUUCCUGACCUGCAUACUUGACUAUAAAUGGUUUGUUUUAGUUCACUGAUUCUGUAACUAACUAGCAAAUCCAGAUCAUGUAACCAACUAUUAAACUUAAAGCCUGUGGUUAAUUGGGCUAAGAAUGUGGAUGGUCCUAAUUUA